AUGUCCCCAUGUCCCCUUCAUGUCCCCGUGUCCUUCUGUCCCCCUAAUGUCCCGCUGUCCCCUUGGUGUCCCCGUGUGCGCGGGGUGCUCAGGCUGCUGCACGCGGAGCGGCGGCUGCUGCAGAACGCGGUGCGCAACGUCCUGGACGGGGAACUGCUGCAGCGCUUCCUCUACCUCAGCACCAUGGAGCGCGGGGAGCUGGCCAAGAAGAUCGGCACCACCCCCGACAUCAUCCUGGAGGACCUCCUGGAGAUCGACCGCGUCACGGCGCACUUCUGACGCCCGCUGCCGCCCGGCGCCGCCUUCUGAUACCAAAACCCCACAAAAAAACCCACAAAAACCCCACAAAAACACCCCAAAAAACCCCA